CAUUCACUAUGAUACUGGUGAGGUGGUGUAUGUACAAUUGUAUGGGACUGCUAUUGAUGUUAAUGUGAGACUGGAUAAGAGCUCAAUACUAAUGGAGAGCACUUACAUUGGACUGUGUUCACAGAGAACAUUAACGUUACACAAUCGCACUGAUAUUGUUUCUCACUUUGAAUGGAAACUCAAAUCAACAGCAGAUGAAGAAGAACUACACAGAAACAUUAUAAAGCAAGAGUUAAGUGAUGAAGAGGCCAGUUCAAAGAGGUCAUUGCUUGAUCGUUGUGUUCACAAUCCUUACCUGAGGGACAGGGUCUCUAUACUUGAUCAUAAUUUUGAUAAAAGGAAAGCACUUAUUAAUAAUGAAAGGUUUCUAUUUUAUGAUGAUGUUUUCUCUAUUGAUCCGGUGGAAGGUGAACUGUGGCCUCACUCACAAAUUGAUGUUACUAUUUCCUUUCAACCAGAGAAGGCUAAAAAUUAUUCCAGUGUAGCAUAUUGUGAUGUGACUGGUAGAGAGAGCAGGCUCCCCCUUAGGUUAAAGGGAGAGGGACUAGGACCUAAGCUUAGAUUCUCGUUUGAUUCGCUUGACAUUCAAAACAUUUUUGUCAAUUCUGCACACGCAUAUGAGGUGAUAUUGGAGAACCAAGGUGACAUUGAUGCUAGUUACUCCAUGAGGUCUUCCUCGUCUCUUUUUGGUCCUAAAUUUACUUUCAAUCCUUCAUCUGGUCACCUCUCACCUGAUGGACUCCAGGCAAUACAGAUAUCAUUAUCUUCUGCUGCUCUUGGUUCGUUUGAUGAGGAGUUUGAGUGGGACGUGGAGGGAUCAGACAAGACACUUAAACUUAGAAUAAAUGGGUCUGUGAUAGGUCCUACAUUUCAAUUUGAUACUGAUGAGAUUAACUUCAAUACAGUUUCAUAUGGGUUUCCAUCAGUCUGACAGGUUUCAUUAACUAAUACUUCUGAGGUACCAAUGAGCUUUAUACUGAGGGUCCCUGCUCAUGGCAGCAAAGGGGAAAUGUUUAUCAUCAACCCAAACAAAGGAGUCCUGCCACCCAGCCUACACCAGAAUAUCACUAUAACAUUCACUCCAGCUGAAGUAAAGGAGUACACUAGGUUCUUGGUACUUGAUGUAGAAGAGGCUGGAAAGAAGUUUUCUCUCUACCCAUAUGAACAAAUUAAGUUAGUA